AUGUUCAGUAAGCUGUUUGUGGUGGGCCUUCUGGCCACGGCCUGCCUGGCCGCCGAGGAGAAGAAGGCGACUGAGGACCUGAAGACGGACAGCUCGUCCACCAGCUUCUCCCACAGCAGCCUCGGCUCGGUGCACUCCGGAGUGUCCACGUACCACGCUCCUUCCACCACCUACGCCCCUGCCAGCUCCUACCACGCGGCGUCGGCUGGCUACGCCUCUGGCUCGUCCUACCACGCUCCGUCCCCCACUUACUCUUCCAGCUCGUUGUACCACGCUCCAUCUACUGGCUACUCGUCGGGCUCCUCGUACCACGCUCCGUCCCCCUCGUACUCCUCCAGCUCGUCCUACCACGCUCCGUCUACUGGCUACUCGUCGGGGUCCUCGUACCACGCUCCGUCCCCCACCUACUCGUCCAGCUCGUCGCACCACGCUCCGUCUACGGGCUACUCGUCGGGCUCCUCGUACCACGCUCCGUCCCCCUCUUACUCGUCCAGCUCCUCGUCCUACCGCGCUCCGUCUACUAGCUACUCGUCGGGCCCCUCGUACCACGCCGAGCCGGCCUACUCGCCCAGCUCCUCCUACCACGGCGCCGCCCCCAGCUACGCCCCCGUCUCGCCCUACCACAGGUACAGCCCCCGUCCGCACGCCGCAGGCUACUCGUACCAGCCCCGCAGCUACGGCUACCAGCAGAGCGGCUACGGCUACCAGCCGGCCGGCUACGACCGCACGCCUCACGGCGGACACGGGGGCUACGCUGCCCCGGCCUACGGCAGCUUCAAGUAG